AUGGGUCCCCUCCCACCAGCCGGCCCUUACCGCUAUCGCCUCACCGCCAUCGAUCGUUACACUCGUUGGCCCGAGGUGGGGCCGCUCGAAAGGAUCAGCGCAGAAGACGUCACAUCAGCCUUCUUCUCCGGCUGGGUUGCACGCUUCAGCACUCCUCGCCGAGUCACAACCGAUCAAGGAACGCUAUUUGAAUCUGAACUCUUCAGGCUCCUCGGGCUCUCCACCGGGUUUGAGCGUUCACGAACAACUAGCUACCACCCUUGCGCCAACGGGAUGAUUGAAUGGUUUCACCGGCAGUUUAAGGCAGCCAUCAUGUGCCAUCCUCACUCAACCUGGCUCGAAGCUCUUCCCGCCGUCGCUCUUGGUCUGCGUGCAACUUUCAAGUCAGACAUUCAAGCCAUGCCCGCAGAAUUUGUCUAUGGGGAGCCGCUUCGCUUACCUGGAGAACUCCUCUCCGCUCCGACUUCUGAUGUGACCAGCUAG